AUGGAUGAUAGUGAAUUUGAUCAAAUAUCACAAAUUAUAUUCGAUGGUAUAUCUUCAAUUGACAGAAUUGGUAUUCCUGGAACGCUUAUUCCAUUAACGAAUGAUACACGUGCCGUUCUAUGUGGUGAUGAUUCAACGAAUGUCAUUAUUGUUGCUACUCGGUUUGGUAAUGGACGUUAUUUAGUAUUCGCUCAUAAUGGUUAUCCAUACAUAUUUUUAAAUAUCGAAGAAAAAAUUCGAAAAUUUGUAGAAAAUUGUCAACGAUGGCUUAAACAAGGACAUCAAGCAGAAUUUGUAUCAAUAAAUGAUGCAGAUACGAUGUCUGAUAUGGAGACACGUGGAAAAAUUCUUAUUUGA